CGACGAUUGAACUCACUUGCAGGUCAUAGCAGGACCAAGCAUCAGCCUGAAUAGUGGACUUCGGAGUAUUUGGGUUGAACCGCAGCGCCCUCCGCCGUCAUUUUGACGCCACUGAUUUUCUGCUCGAAACGGAACGUGACGACCAAGGACCGCCAUAGAUCUUCACUGUCCUUCUACAUCCUCGUGACACGCGUCCAUGGAUUGCCCAAUUUUGGUCUGGAUGCUCUCCUACAACAGGCCGAUGACUCAAGAGGAGUAUGACAAGUGCUAUAGGACCAUACAAAUCUGCGUCCCGCACGUCCAAAUUCCUUACGCGCCACAGUCGCACGAGUCAAUAAGGCAAAUCGUGGCGCAGAUGCUCCCGCUGCUCAUGAUGCGACAUCGCCGGAUUCCGCGUGCAAAAUGGAAGGACUGCAGUAAUCAAAAUGGCAAGCGCUGGAUAGAGCAGGAGACUGACAACCCAAUGAACCCAACACAUCGCCUCAAGGCGAUGAUAGGCUACCACCUCGCGUAUGAAGAUCGCCUCGUCGGUAUGGUCAUGACCCAGGGCCGCCAGCGCGAAGUCGUUAAUCUCGGCCUCGGUCUCAAGCAUCUCUGCACAAGCUCUGCCGAAACGUCAAUCUCAGUGUGGGCGGAGUCACAGUACCACAAGUUAACCCCUCUCGAAAUAUCAUUUAUCCUGCCAAAUGAGAAACCUGAAGUCAUCCUGCGCCGACUCUGUCUCAUCCUUGCUCUCAAGCAGGCAUACAUCAAGGCCAUCGGGCAACCAAUGGGCUUCGACUGGUCCCGGCUCGAGUUCAACCUCCCCGGUGAGACCGCCCGUGGCGACGGUUACCCUCUCCAGGGCUGGGAAUUCCGCAUGUGGACUUCUAACAUCGGCGUACUGCAUGAAAACGGCGAGGUUGAAGAACAGAUCUACCAGUGUGCAACGGCGUUCUUCCGCGGCACCGCCGAGAGCAAGUUCAUCUGGCAGAAGGACAAGAAGGAACUUGAGGGGUGGGUACAGUACUUGAAUGUUGACCAACUGAUCACGGUGUUGCCGAAGUUGAUGGACUAAGUCGAGUUCUGGUGGUGUAACAUUGCUUAGUUCCCUCUGCUUGCUUUCUUCUCUCCCUUCAAUACCACCGUCUCCCAGCUAUCGACGCUGUCUUCGAGCUUAAAGAGUUACACAGUUUAAUCACUAAGUUUAG